UCGAGGCGGUUGGUGGUUAAACGACGACUUCUCUUUAUGUGUUGAUGUAGGAUUUCUAUUCAAUUGGUUAUAUCUAGUUUUUACUAGAUUGGUUCCGGUUUUCCACUCGAAUUUUAGUUUGUAAACCCAAGAAAUUAACUGGUCUAAAGGGGAUAACUAUUAUAUUAACAGAAAAUGUGAAAGUCAAUCCAGAGAUAUUUAGCUCAUGAGAAACCAAAGCCCUAGAAGAUGAGAAAAAAAAAAUUAAAUUAUUGCAUAUGAAAUGAAGAUGCUCAAAAGUACCAACAUAGUGUUGCCAUGAUUGGUGCAAUGUCUUAUAAGCCUUAAUUUAUAAAUGAAUAACGAAGCCAGUUUUUUUUCAUUACCUGAUCAAAAAGUCCUAAAGAUUCUUGCUGAGUCUAGCGAUGACAAAAACAAUAUCACUUAAUCAUUAUUUUGCUAAACUUAAAGAAACAGUGAACAUAUAAAACUAAAGAAACAAUGAACAUGUAAAAUGAGUAUACACUACAAAGACGGCAACGACCUUUCUUUUGCUGAUUAUUUCAAAACGGAGGCAUCAUUAAAAAAUAGAUAGACUUGUAAGAUAAUAUGUAAUGGAAAAUAAGGCAGUGAACAAUUGUGGCGACACUAUGAACUUGGGCAAACCAGAAAGAAACGUGGACUGAUUAUACAAUGAUGACAAAGUUUCAGAAUAUUGACUAUAAAUAGAUAACAACACAUAUGAUAUGUCUCACCAACGAUAAGUUUAUUGACAAGAAAAAGAAAACACCAGGUUUAAGAAAAAGCAAGGCAAAACCGAAAGAAAUGGCAAAAAACAUCAACUCAGUCAGCAUCACCAUUCUCUUGUUCGUCCUCUUGGUGGCUUCCACCGAAAUCCUCAAGAGCGAGGCUCAAACAUUUUGCUUCGAGUGCGGACCGGUGCCGUUUCUAGGUACAAAUGCUGAUUGCUUUAACUGUUGCAAAACCAAAUACGGGAGUCCUCCAGUCGUUAGUGGCGUUGUUGAGGGAAGUGAGAAACACUGUCAUUGCUAUUGUUGAUCCUUGAAAUAACCUCAUGCAAUCACCAUGUGUAACAUUUGUUUUCAAUCAGUGACAUGUCUGUGUAUGCUCAAGCUUCUUUUGCUUCCCAAUAAAACAUCAAGGCCAAAACUUAUCAUUGCUUGCCCCUAGUUUAUGCCUAUGUUGUGUGUACUUUUGUUUCAUUAUGAAUACAAAAAGUUGUUUUGUGUUUGUGUUC